CAGAAGAAGCAAAUUUCCAAAUCUCCUCCAUGGCAGCACUCUCCUCACAUUUCCUUGAAGCAAUCCUUUUUCUCUCAUUGUUUCUCCUGGCCCCGAGAGGGCAGGCUCAAGUCUACACAACGUACAACCAGUAUGAUCCAGCAGCCAAAAAUUAUCAGCUAGAUGGCCUCUACUGCGCAACUUAUAGCGCGCAUCAGCCACUCUCUUGGAGAUCUCAGUACAAAUGGACUGCGAUGGAUGCUUCACUGGGAAUGGGUCCCCAAAUGUGUGGACAAUGUCUCGAGGUGACGAAUAUUGCCACUGGAGCUCAAAUCGUGGUGAGAGUUUUGGAUCAGAGCAGCAAUGGAGGCUUGGAUUUAGAGACGGAUGCUUUCAACACGAUUGACACCGAUGGCGGGGGAUAUGCGUCAGGGCAUUUGUACACUUCGUACACUUCCUUCAGUUGUUAAUCCUUUUGGAUUUUCAAUUUUACAAACUUUCCGGGUUUUUGUUA